AUGUUUAAAUAUGAUCAGUGUGUAUCAACCUUUACACGAAAAGAUAAUUUGUUUGCUCACCAAAAGAAGCAUGAUGGUGUUCGUUUUUCGUGUACUAUAUUUAGUAAAUCAUUCGAUAAAAAAUCAAAUCUCAAUAGACACAACAAAAAUGUUCAUAAUAUAACUAACAAUCAUCCACCUCGCAAAAAUAUUAUAAAGUCAACUCCGCAAACAAAAGUAUCAAACACGCAGGGAGAACCAUCAAACCAGUGUCAUACUAUUCAAAAUGUAUGUAGUACGUUGAAUAAUGAUGAUGAGUGUAAGGAGUUACUUAUGGAAUUUGAAAACGUGGAUUUGGAUGAAACUAUACAAGAUUCUUAUACGACUACAGUCAACGGUAAACGCAUUUCCACCGCUAAUUCUACUUCAGCAGUUAAGGCGAAAAAAGUGCGUAUGGAACUGGUUAGAUCCCUAGGUCUUAUAGAAAUUUCAACAUCAGCAAACCAAGAAACUUAUACGGGCAGAGGAAGUGGAUUCACGCUAGAAUCUAUAGAUGGAUUAUUAUUAGGAGUGUAUAAAUAUACACCAAUGUCUGGAUCAUCUUAUAUAUCCUUACCAGAUAGUAUCGAUAGAAAAAGGGGUACAAUCAAUCCACAAAAUACGGAUCAACAAUGCUUCAAGUGGGUUAUAUUAGCUAAGCAUGUGACGGAGCAACCGAAAUAUUGUAUUGGUGAAAAUUAUUACAAACACGAGGAUAAAUAUAAUUUCGAUAGUAUCUCAUUUCCAACACCGUUAUCUGAUAUAAAAACAUUCGAAAAAAACAAUCCAUUAGUCUCCAUUAAUAUUUUUGGUAUUGAAAAACAAUUUCAACCACCGAAAAAGUUCCCAACAUAUGAGGUUUUCCCACUUAGAGUUGUAGAUGAAGAAAAACGAGAUCACUUGGAUCUAUUAUUAGUGACGGAAAACGAUAAUACACAUUACAUAUACAUAUCUAAUUUUUCAAGACUCAUUCGAUCUCAAAAAACUAGAUAUGAGGUUAUGCCGAAAGAAGGGGAUUGUCUAGAGUUUGAUGCGUGGAGAAACACACAGCGACAUCCGAUCGUGAUAUAUGCUGACUUUGAAGCGCUACUAUUGAAGGCUGAUGGUGAAAAGAAGGGGAAAAACACAGAAAUAAUUGAUAAACAUGAGCCUAUGAGUUUCGGUAUUUUCGUCAAGGCUUCCAAUGACGUUCCAUUAAGUCUGCUUGAAGAACAUGACAUACCAACUAAACCGAUUAUUUAUCGUGGUAGUGAGGAACGUGGUGAUGUAGCUGGACGUUUCAUCGAAAUAGUCACUGAAAUAUCGUUAAAGAUAGAAAAGUUGUUGAAAACAAAUGUAAUGAUAAAUAUGAGUGCACACGACAGAGCGGUCMAUGAGGUGGCGACACACUUUACAGAGUUAGGAUAUGAUACUCAGAGGAUUACGGUUAUACCCAACAGCGAGGAGAAGUUUAUUUCCUUCUCCAAAUACGUUUCAAAUACCUUCACAAUCAGAUUCAUAGACACAUGCAGAUUUAUGGCUUCAAAACUUUCAACGCUCGCUAAAAAUUUGCUAACUCCUGACUUUUCUAAAUUCUGUGAGACGGGGAAGCAUUUUUCCACCGAUGAUAUGAACCUCGUAACUCGUAAGGGUGUCUACCCUUACGAAUAUACGGACGAGUGGAGUAAGCUUAAUGAAAAUGUGUUACCGGAUAAAGUCGAAUUCUACAGUAUCCUGACUGAGUCAGUGGUUGAAGAUAAAGAAUACGAGCACGCGUUGAAAGUGUGGAAACAUUUUGGUCGCAAAACGAUUGGCGAGUAUUCGGAUUUGUAUUUAAAAAUUGAUGAGCUGCUACUGGCUGAUAUUUUCGAAAAUUUCCGUGAUGUGUGCAUUAAAGCUUACAACUUAGAUCCUGCAUACUAUUACACAGCUCCAGAGUUUUCAUUUGACUGUAUGCUUAAAUACAAAUCAAUGAAGCUGGAACUGCUGACGGAUUAUGAUAUGAUGUUGAUGUUUGAAAAUGGUAUACGAGGUGGAUUGGUGCAGGCAAGUAUGCGUUAUGCUAAAGCGAAUAACGAAAAGGUAUCCGAUUAUGAUGAUUCGAAGGAAGAUUUGUGGUUGGUGUAUCAGGAUUGUAAUAACCUGAACGGUUGGGCGAUGUCGCAAAAUAUGCCUUAUACUAAUUUUAAAUGGGUUAAACCAGAGUUGGAUGGACUCAAUGAUUUGGAUGAGACUUCUCCUAUAGGUCGGAUAUACGAGGUGGAUGUGUCCUGUCCUGAACACUUACAUAACGAUCAUAAUGACUUACCAUUUCUCCCCCAAAACGGGAUACCUGUAGGAUCGAAGGUCCAUAGAGUUGUUCAAUUCGAUCAAUCCCCUUGGUUAGCUGAAUACAUUAAUUUGAAUACUGAGAUGCGGAAAAACGCUACGAAUGAUUUUGAGAGGGAGUUUUUUAAACUCAUGAAUAACGCUGUGUUUGAUAAGACAAUGGAGAGUAUGAGGAAAAGGAUACAAAUGGAAUUGGUAUCCAAUGACAGGAGUUUACAAAAGCUUAUAAAUAAAAGCACAUUUAAACAUUGUACAUCAUACACUGAAAAUUUGAGUUCUGUGUCACUAGAAAAUAAGAUUAUUGAAUUCAGCAAACCUAUCUAUAUUGGUAAUUAA